AUGGGGUAUGGCGGUGAUCAGGACACUGGUAUGGGGUAUGACGGUGAUCAGGAUGCUGGUAUGGGGUAUGGCGGUGAUCAGGAUGCUGGUAUGGGGUAUGGCGGUGAUCAGGAUCCUGGUAUGGGGUAUGGAGGUGAUCAGGAUGCUGGUAUGGGGUAUGGUGGUGAUCAGGAUGCUGGUAUGGGGUAUGGAGGUGAUCAGGACGCUGGUAUGGGGUAUGGGAGGUGAUCAGGACGCUGGUAUGGGGUAUGGCGGUGAUCAGGACAUUGGUAUGGGGUAUGGAGGUGAUCAGGACGCUGGUAUG